AUGAGCACCAUGUCUUCUGAGCAUGUGAAUGAGGCUGUGGCCGCCCAGCUCGACCUUGAAAUGAUGCAACUGAAGAAGGCCAAGAUCCUCGAGGGCCGAACACCAAUUGGAUCAAUGAAACACUCACGAAAGCAAUUGGAGCAAGAGUUUGCUGAGGCGAAUUUGCACGAACGAGCUCAGGCAUCGGUGGAAGGAGACCAGGGGCUGGUAGUAACAUACAUCGGUGACCCUUAUCCGCCAUGCGUUGUGCCGCUGUCGGGCCUCAAGACGAUUUUCUUGCGCGAUCUCAAGCUCGAGACGCAUCACAGAGGCUAUGUGCUGGUCGUCAAGACGUUCUGCGAGCCAAAUCAUACGGCAUCGAUCAUGAACGCCAUUGAAGACGAGAAUGGAGAUGUCGACCGCAUCGCCUUUUACAACUUCUCGCGAAACAAGUCGGUCGAAAAGAUUCUACCGAAAGACACCAUCAUAGCUGUGAAGGAGCCCUAUUAUAAAUCUACAACGGAUGGCGGAGUCUUAGUCCGAGUCGACCAUCCUUCUGACUUGGUUCUUCUCAAGCCACAUAGCAGCUUGAUACCAUCCAGUCUGGCACCUGUGUCAAAAGACACACUCACUCCUGCUGAGAUGAAGGAACAGGGCAAUACGGCAUUCAAGCGGCAUGACUGGCAGACAGCCGCGGACUGCUACUCCGCAGCUCUAGCCUUGAAGGAGAACAACGAGGAUCUCCGUCGAACUCUUCAUCGCAAUCGCUCUCAAGCCCGCAUACAUCUAGGUCACUACGAGUUUGCUAUUCAAGAUGCUCUCGCAGCCAUCGUACAAGGAGACGGUCUUUCCGAGGAGGCAAAGUGGCAGAAUGUGAAGACCCUGUACCGUGCGGGCCGAUCAGAGUAUGAGUUAGGAGACUUUGACAAGGCCAAAGAGUAUUUUGGCAAAGCCCUGCAAUACUCUUCCAAUGAAGAAUGUGUCUUGGCUGAAUUAUAUCGAGCCGAGAAGCGUUUGGAAGAACAACGCACCGGCAACUUCGACUUCACAGCCAUGUCGAAGUCGGCAACGAAGAAUCAUACUAUCUUGGACCAGGCCUCAUUCCUCAGCAACGCCAAAGUCGCCUCGGCAGGGCACCGCGGGCGUGGACUUUUUGCUACAAAGCACCUAGCGCCGGGCGAUGUCAUCAUGGUCGAGAAGGCUUUCUAUGUUGUGUCCGAUGACGAGAACGCGAAGAACACUUCCGCUCUCGUCAAUGUCAAUACCGGCCACGCUGACUUCGGGCAAUACGCUGAGGGCCUGUACGUCACGAUUGACAAGAUACUCUAUAACCCUAGGCAAGCGAGCCGGUACCUCGACUUGUAUGAUGGUGGCAAAUUCCAGAACAAGGUUCUCAAGUUCUUGGACGGGAUGGCCACUGUCGACACAUUCCUUGUGCGGGCCAUAGCUGGAUUCAAUGACUUUGGCUGCCCAAAAAUUAAAUCAUCUCUGCAUCAAGGUGCCGAUGCACACUCUGAGAACGAAGCUACAGGCAUCUGGAUGCACGCAUCUCAUGCCAAUCACUCCUGUAUCCCAAACUCAGACCGCAGCUUCAUAGGUGAUAUGAUGAUCAUUCGCGCUAACAAGCAUAUCAAAGCUGGAGAGGAGAUCUCUCUGGCCUAUCGGGCGCCCGAGGGCUCCUACGCAGAGCGCAAGAAAGAACUCUCUUUCUACGGCUUCGAGUGCGACUGCCCGCUCUGCGAGGCCGAAAAGUCCUUGCCCAACCAAGUGCAUAUGGAACGUGCCGAGCUCACCAAGGAGAUCAACACCUUCAUCUCUGCCAACAUGAUUGCCCCGGUUCUAUCAUCAAUUCCUGACGUCACAUUCGAGAAGGCCAAGGAUCUUAUGGUAAAGUUGGAGGAUACAUACCCUGAGACGCUGUACAAGCGCCUUCCGUGCCUUGGUUGUGUCCCUCUGCGCGUCUGGAUACAUCAGGCUCCUGGUAAGCCGAAGAAGACGCUCAAGGAAGCAUUGCGGACACUCCGGGACCUGGGAUAUCUCGUCAAGAUCAACGGCACCAGUGUCACGAUUGACCGCUCGUCUGCCGCUGUCUACGUUGAAGGCUUGAAUGCUGCCAUGACCGCAGCCUCCGCGUGCUUGGAUUCCGGAAAACCCGAGGUUGCUUUGCAGUUCCAGGAGCUUGGCAAAGAGCUUUACGCGAUCAUGUACACUUGUCUGGACGGGUUUGAGGAGAAGUUUCGGCCCAGCAAUAUUUGA